GUUUCCACUAGUCACGUCCACAUAUACAAUAUUCUUCCUCUUAUAGCCUUCCACAAGAAGCUUCAUUUCCUCAUGGUCAUCUGAUAAUUACGACCUGCUUGAUGACAUCCUUGUGAUCAAGUACCGGACGUUUUGUCUCGCGCUGUACUGUAGUACAUCAACUAUAAAGUGUCAAUAUGAUUGGUUUAUCCUAAAACUGUCUCUGAUUCCUCGCUACACCGUACAAGCAUUUCUUCCCAGGAGAUUUUGUGGAGCCCAUUGCUGCUCCUGCGGGAAUUGUUCUUCUGCUCAAAAUCUAAAAUGGUUCUGCUAAAGUACCCUUUAAACGAAUAAGAUAUAUAUAUAUAUAUUGUAUAUUAUAGGCCUGAAAAUUAAAGAAAACAUCUGUGACACAGAAUACUUGUGUGGAUAUGAAAAAAAAAGUUCAAACACCUCGCGGUGCAUUUUCCUGUUCUUUUUUUAUCACACAUUGUAGAAUCCUUCUUAGUGUCGACACUAUUUAAUCACAUUCAGCCAGUCUUUCGAGGAACAUCACAAAAGAGAGUUCACCAAUGCAGACAAACACCAAAGCGAAGCAACCCAUCCCGGUAAAGCGUGACGCGAAAUAUCACGAAUGUGAGAGCUACUGCCACACCAUGGUGCUGCCGGAUUACAAAAAGGAUAUUAGUAUUCCCCGCACUUUGGAUGGGUACUACGCGAAGUCGGGCACCUGCCCCUGCCCUUCUCUUCUGCAGGAGUCGAAGGACAAGGCGAAGGACUCCCACGUCGCUUAUCGCGAGGCCGAUGGCCCUCAUGCAGUACACGCGGAGGAUACCAACCCACGUGUGGCGGGCUUUCCAAACCACCGAAACUACGGUGGUACGGUCGAGGAGCGCGGGAGAAUGAAUCUCACAACCACCGCUCUGCCUCUGAACUCGACCAAAGGAAAGAAACGUGCGGAGGUGCGAAAGCGAUUAAUGCUGGAUCGAAAGAAUUUUUUAAAAGCGGUCCUCCACGACGAAAUGCUGGCGCGUAUGGACGCGGAAGGGCAACGCGACGCGCUUGAGAUGGAGAUCGGGAUCAUGGGGUCUAACCAUGUCGUGGAAUACGAACGCACCAAGGGUGAAGGCUCCCUUUUAGGGCGUCGACCUCGGAAGGGCAUCAUGGAACGCGAUAUAAACGAGGUGCCCACUAUCGGGGAGCAAUACGAAGAAGUAAUGGAGGAGCUAAAGUACGUCUCUAAGCAACCUGUCAACUCGAAGAAAAACAUCAUUCGAAUGCAUUUCCUUUUAGAAGAGGAGAACCGCAUCAAUACACUUCGUCAGCAGAGGAGGACAGAUACGCAGAAUCCCAGUUGCUAAAUGUAGAGUCCCACCCGUUGUGAAUGCAUCUCAUUCACAUUGUGACUAUAAUUUUGGCCAGAAAAAUUACCAUUACUCGAGAUAAUGGCUGGUAUUUACGAUGUAAAAUAUAUAUUUUCUUGGAUUGAUGUUUUAUUGCAGCAUAUUGGGUAUAUUUGGGUUAUUAAAAAAAAAGAAAAAGAUCAAGAAAAUGUCCGUGAUGCGAAAAUUUACUAUUGUAUGGAUUCAAAAUCAAGCAAGCAUCUAGCGUGUAAUCUACACACACA